GUGUCGGACAUUUUGAGCUUCCGCGCGGUGUCCCGGACCGCCACCGAGCCGAAGGCCUUGCUGCAGCAUCUCAGGCAAGUGGCGGGAAGCAUUACGAACGUGUUCGAGAAUUGUGAUGACCUGUUGUACUUGGGCCUACGCGGUCUGCCGACUGACCUCCCGAAGCGGCCCGAACUGGAACCACUGGCGGAGUCGUUUCGUGGCUGGAUGUGCUUGCUCAUCUUGGCCAGUGAAGACUCCUUCCUGAAGGUUCCUCACCUCUACCAGCGCAUUGCUGAUGAGAUCAUGAUAGGUUGCCAACAUGACGACUGGUCCGUCCGACUCAAUGCUUACGAUGCUCUGGCUGUGCUGGCCGGUUCAUGUCAGCAGUUAGGGGCGCACAUUGAUGAGCAUGCGGAACACUAUGCAUGCAGGAUGUGUCAGGACAACUACUGGAAUUCCAUUGGAAGGAGUCCGGUUCCGAUGAGUUGGAUUGGAGGAUGGGGCCACCUGUGA